AGGUGGCGAGGCGUCUGGGCUCAGCCCACGGCGGCCCCAUCCGCGGCGAGGGGCGGCCCCGGGCCGCGCGACCCGUGGGCGACUGGCCGGGAGAGGCCUCGCGAUGGCGCGCCGGGCCGUGCCGCCACGGGGGUCUCCCCGUCGGCGGGGCGCCGCGGCCGCCGCGCUGGCGUGCUGGUGCUGCCUGCAGCUGGCGUUCCUGCCGCGGGGGGCUGCCUUCCUGCCGCGGCCAGCGCAUCUGCUGCGGCCCCCCGCCGCUGCACCUUCGGCAGGUCUCGCUGGCGGCCUGCAAGGGCUACUGACCCUCCAGCAGGCUGCGCUAGCCCAGGAGACAGCCGUCGAGGUGCGCGUCAUGGACGCAGCGGCCGUCGAAAGGGGCAACCAGAUUCUCUUCAGCUUCGUUGGCGUCGCCGCCGUCCUGGUAGCCCUGACGGCGUUCGUGGUCACCAGGGGCCAGGACGAGAGGGGGGACCUGCUCUGAGACGAGCCUCUCGCCGGGGCGCGGCCCGCCGCCCCCGGGUCGGCGGAUGGGCGUUUUUCGUCGGCCCGCGCCCUUGCGGCGCGCGCGCGGGCGCGGGAUUUUCGGGCGAGCGCUCGGCUCCGCACCGCCGCGCCGCGGCCGCCCCCGCGCGGGAGGACUGCGUGAUCGUC